AUGGCCUUCGGAACACCGCCGCGAACUCCCAACGGCGCCACCAGCUACGUCAUCAGCGGCACCACAUGUGUAAUCGGCAGCACCACCACGGCCAUCAAGACCCCAAACGGCGUCGCAUACAGAACCACCACGGGCUGCGCUAUCACCACGCUGCGCGGUCGAGAACUCGUGACGAAAACAAGCCGAGCCAUCACCUCCGCCACGAGCCAAGCCAUCACCAGCGCCGGCGGCUGGUCGAAGAGGCGCGCCGUGGACGUGAAGGAGUCGGUGAAGAUCGUGUGGCGGCGCGCCGCGAGGAAGGUGAUGAGGAAGAGCAAAAUUAGCCUCCCGAAGCCGCCGCCGAUGCCGAUCCCCAAGGCGAAGCAGCUACUGGUGACGCUUAGCAACAAGGCUAUUGAUUUCCGGCGGAAGAAGAAGGAGGUGGAAGGGAAGGACGACGGCGAGGAUUUCGGCGACGGCGGGCUGUGGCAGCGGUCGAUCCUGAUGGGCGACAAAUGCCAGCCGUUGGAUUUCUCCGGCGUGAUUUACUACGACAGCGACGGGAAGCGGAUGUCGGAGCCUCCGAUGAAAUCGCCGCGCCGGUUCCCGAGUAGUCUUCAUGACUCUUCGUCAAAUUCAGGGGAAAUCUAGUUUGCCGGCCGGUGAUGUUGUUGGGUCACCGGCAGGGCUCCAUGUAUUGGUACAGUGUUAGGUUCGUCCGAUCAAGAAUCGUGACUUGAUAUCCCUGCCUUAAUGCGUUAUCGGCUAAACUAAUUUGGACCGGUUAUGCAUAAAUUAAGGUUUCCAUUAAUCUCAUAAAUCAAAGUAAUUUUGUCUUA